AUGGCUGAUCGUAGUAGUGAUCAAACCGUUAUUCGUCGCACAAUAAUCGAACGUGGCUUUCGAGCUGCUAAUGAUACUCAACCUGGUGGUCGUGCUGCUGUUGAAGCAAUGCGUAAUUUUCAUCAUCAACAUGAAGAAGAAAAACGUGAAAUGCAAGAACUCAACACAAAAUUUGGUGCCUAUCUUGAUCGGGUUAAAUUUCUUGAAACACAAAAUCGUAAAUUACAAUCUCAACUUGAUGAAUUAAAACAAAAAUGGGGUUUUGAUUCGGGUAAAGUUAAAGAACAAUAUGAUCAAGCAUUAGUUUCAUUACGAAAACAAAUUGAUGAUGUUACACGUGAUAAAGCUUUAGCUGAAUUACGUGCUAAACGUGCUGAAUAUGAUGCAUCUUUAAUAAAACAUCAAACAGAUUUUGCCAAUGAAUUGGUUAAUCUCGAUCGUAAUCGUUUUGCUAUGCUUAAACAACAACUUGAAGGUAGUGGUUCAGAAUUAGAUGCCUUACGAGGUCGUUUUGAAGAUAAAAAACAAGAGAUUGAAAGAAGUAAAAAUGAAGUUAAACGUCUAUUGGAACAAUUAGAAAAUUUGAAAAAUGAAUUUGAUAGUGAAUCAAUGGGACGUGUUAUGAUACAAAAUGAAUUACAAACUUUAGAAGAACAAUUAGCUUUUAUGAAAGCAAUUCAUGAAGAAGAACGUAAUGAAUUGGCUUCACUUGGAACAUUACCAAUUGAUGUUAGUCAAUUUUAUCGAACAGAAUUAACACGUGCUAUUGCCGAUAUUAAGAAUGAUUUUGAAGCACUUUCACAAGCACAACGACGUGAAUUAGAAGAAUAUUACAGAAUUAAAACAGAGGAAAUUCGUGAACAAGCAGCUGAACAAAAACGUAAAAUUGAUGAAGCACGUCGAUCUGGUGCUGUUGAAGUUAUGGAUUUAUCAUCAUUGAAAUCUAUGUUAUCAGAAAAUCGUGAUAAUUAUAAUGGAUUACAAAAAGAACAUGCAGAUUUAUCAAAUCAUCUUCGUCAAUUAGAAGAAGAUUUUGAACGAAUUUCAGGUGAACAUAGUCGAGCACAAAAUGAACGUGAUCGUGAAUUAGGCGAUUUACGUAAUCAAGCUGAACAACGUGAACAAGCUAUUGCUGCUGUACUUGAAAAUAAUGUUUCACUUAGAUUUGAAAUUAAUACAUAUAGACGUUUACUUGAAGUUGAAGAAGGACAUCUUCAAAGAAUGGAAGGUGGUGAUUUAUCGGGUGGACGAGGUGGAGGUGGCGGUGGCGGUGGUGGAGCUGCAUCAUCAUCGUCAUCUUAUCAUUAUCAAACAGGAUCAUCAGUUGGUGGUGCUUCAGCUGCUCGGUUUGAUACUCAAGCAUCGGAUGUAUCAACGAAAAAAAUGACCGUACAAAAAUCGGCUCGAGGUCCUAUUGCUAUUGAUCAGGUAGAUCCACAAGGUAAUUUCAUCGUUAUUGAGAAUGCCGGUUCAACAGGCAAAGAUCAAGAUAUGAAAAAUUGGACUAUUCGUCGUAAGAUCGAUUCCAAAGAAGAUAUUGUUUAUAAAUUUCCAGACAAUUUUGUACUUCAAUCACGAUCACGUAUUCGUGUUUUAAGUCGAACUGCAAGUAAAGGUUCAGUUAAUCAAAAAGAAACCUUAGUAGCUGAAAAUGUUCCAACAUGGGGUACAGGUUCGAAUAUGGUUACACGACUUCUUGAUGCAAAUGGAGAUGAAAAAGCUUUAUUCAAUCAGAAAUUCCAAUAA